UGCAUCAUAAUGCGUUUUGAUGUAAUACAAAAGCUCGAAAGGAUAUCCGCGAUUCUCGCCGGGCAAGUGUCCUCGAUCGAGGUCGCGCGCCAUGCUGUCGACCUCCUCCAGCGAGACCAGUCUCGACCAUCGCGUUGCAGCGCUGCCUGCUAAUGUUGCUGCUGUGUCUCUCUGACGUUGCUGUACACGGUGACUUUCGUUUUCGCCGGGAGGUUAACGAAACCGUUGAACCCACAUCGAUUGCCGCGUUGCGUUCCUGCAGACGGCAUGCAGUAGUGCCGACCAUCGUCCUGCAGACAAGAACCUCUUUCAAGAAUAAUUCUACGGAAAUUUAUGAGCUAAAAUGUUACUUACUAUGUACAAUGCUGCAGCUAGCGACACUAUCGAUCUGUCGAGGCGAUGUGGCGCCUCGUGCUUCUUGGGUCUUACAUGGGAGAGUUGGCCAAGAAAUUCGUUACCCUUUUUGUUACUUACUUUCCCAUCGGACACUCUAAAUACUCCGCGUGCCGCUAACGACGCCAGUUCAUUACUCCUUUCGUGUAUAUCGCUUUCGAUCACCUUGGCCUAAGGGGUCCAUUCUCGCGUUAAAAUUGCUCCACCCCCAUCUUCUAUCUACAGUUUAUUCGCGUCCCGAUAUCCUCUCGCCUUCGCCGAUCGAGAAUAGGAUACAGAAUUCUGAACACGAUUCGCCAAAAGUUGUUUAAAAAGAACAGAAUAGCAAGGCAUGAAAAA